AUGCCAGAGCACAAAGUGGUUGUCACUCGAGAUGUUGGUACAAAGGCGACUGCGAUCCUCGAAGCUCAACGGUAUGAGCUUGUCUCUUGGCUUGAGGAUGGAGUGGCUCCGCGACAAUGGCUUCUUGAUAAUUCGCCCGGUGCCUCUGCACUUCUAGUAAUGGGCACAGAUAAGGUCGAUGAGGAGCUGCUGGACUCUGCUGGACCAUCCCUCAAGAUUGUGUCCACGGUGUCGGUAGGCUAUGACCAUAUCCAAACUUCUGCGCUGGCCCAGCGGAAAAUUCGUCUUGGGUACACCCCAGAGGUCCUAACGGAUGCGGUUGCAGAUAUAAGUGUGAUGCUCGCCCUCAUGGCGACAAGACUAGGCCGGGAGUCUAUGCAAAUCGUUCACGACGGCAAGUGGCCCCAAGCGCCUUGGGCUCCCUUCUUACUAUGUGGACAACAACUCAGUUCUCCGGAUUAUGUUGUUGGAUUCGUCGGAUUUGGCAGAAUCGCUCAAGCAACUCUCACCCGACUGGUUGCCUUUGGCGUAAGCCGAUGUCUCUUCACCACCUCUACUCGAAAGGUACCGGAUGAAGCAUACCCAGGUCUUCAAAACAAACUAGGUUUAAAAGAAUUCCGCAGUGUCACCUUGGAUGAAAUUGCCAGGGAAAGCGAUCUCAUCAUCGUUCUUACUCCAGGUGGCCCGUCCACAUACCAUCUUGUCGAUGAAACAUUCUUGCGCAAAAUGAAGAAGACGUCUGUUCUCGUGAAUACCGCCCGAGGGUCAGUAGUUGAUUCUAAUGCGCUAGCACUGGCUCUGCGUGGGGGAUGGAUAUGGGGGGCGGGUAUUGAUGUCGUUGAAGGGGAACCUGAUAUCGAUGCUGAUCAUAUCCUCGUGAAAGAGCCAAGAGCUGUAGUUCUACCUCAUAUAGGGUCCGCAACGUACGACACACGUAACGCAAUGACCUGCACCGCCGCUGAGAACUUGGUGCGAGGUUUAAAAGGAGAGAAACUACUGGCUGAGGUUGAACUGUGA